AAUGUCAGGAAAAGCAAUCAUAUAAAAAGCUGCCCCAUUCUUCAAAACAAAUGCAUGGUAUUUUCUAUAGAUAUAUUCUUAAGGAAUCCAAUUAAAAAUGCUAUUGAAUAAGUAUAAUUGACUGACUUCAAAGGCAAGUAUUUAUUACUUUUCUUCUAUCCAUUGAAUUUCACUUUUGUCUGUCCCACAGAAAUUAUCUAAUUCUCUAAAUUAGCUAAAUAGUUUAGAGAACAUAAUUGUGAAGUCCUUGGAUGUUCAGUUGAUUCAGUCUAUUCUCAUGCUGAAUAUGUGAAGAAGCCUAAAGCAGAUGGAGGAUUAGGAGGAUUGGAUAUCCUCUUGUUAUCUGAUUUGACCAAACAAAUCUCUUCAGAUUAUGGAGUUCUAACAGAUAGUGGACUUUCAUUAAGAGGAACAUUUUUAAUUGAUGGUAAUUAAAAUUUACGUCAUGCUUCUAUUAAUGAUGCCCCAGUUGGAAGGUAUAAUAAAUAUCUAUUUAUAGAAAUGUAGAUGAAUAUUUAAGAUUAUUAUAAGCAUUCCAAUUUGUUGAAAAAAAUGGAGAAGUAUGUCCAGCUUCAUGGAAACCAGGAUAAGCUACCAUUAAACCAGAUAUUGAAAAAUCAAAAACCUAUUGGUAAAAUACACAUGCCAAAAAUUGAUAU